AUGCAACAAACCGAACCCCCAUCAAUCCCCGCCCGUGCCCUGCGUCGCCGCAACUCCCGUGGUGCCGCUAUGACGACAGGGGAACUCGCCUCGCUGCCACUAGCAACCGCGGUGGAGCGACCCGUGACGCCGGAGCGGACGUACGCUUGCGUUGUAUCACCGGCCUCGGCCACCCUUCCCAAGCCCGUCAAUGCGUCCUGGACCAUUGGCGGAGACAUCGCUAGUACCCCGUUUACGGGGGAACGCCCAGCCCGUGAAAACACGGAGAAUUCGCCCCGUUCGCCCCUGUCCACGUUGGCCAGGGGCCAAACCGAUCACCUGGACGUUGCAGGAUCGAUAGAAGAGGCGGAUAGGAGUGACGGUCCCUGGACCUUAGCCACGAAGCGGACUGCCCGUACUCAUCGGGAGUCUGCUAGUAGUCGUAGUUCCAGUCCUGCUAGUAGAACAGGUACAGAACUAAACGAUACUCGCAAUAGCCGGGAGGAACUCACCUCCAUUCUGGACGAGGCGGCCGAAGCCAUGUCCCCUGAGAUGCUGCGGCUAAUCUCCGACCGCUACGCCAGCCUGGCAAGCGCGGCAGAGCAACGUGCGCCUGUCCCCAGACAGGAGCAGGACCUCGGAACGACCUCUGAGGAUAUCGCCAAAUCGGACGUGAUCGGUGAUAAGUCCAAAGGAGACCACGCUUAUUGGCUGAAGGAAGCCGAAUGGUCAGAUGGCAGCGUGGAUCCACAGCCGCCGGUCGCCGGUCCCUCCCAGGAGAAAGGCAAGGGACCCGAUCCUGGUAACUGGGGAGAGGCUCAGCUCUCCGAUAGCGACUUGGAAGCUCAGAAUAACGCUUUGAAGGCCUUUGAGCUGGCGCAAGGGGAGAGGGUUUGUCACGACUCCGGUCGAACGCCCCCCGGAAUCGAAGCGGAAACGAGAAACCAUGCCCUGAGAAUGCCGAAUAAGGUAACGACGCAGGCAAGCGACCGAGACGUCUUACUUCGGGAGCUUUCUCGAAUGAGGGAACGCCUUGGCGAACUCGAGGAACGAGAGCGCCAGCGGGAAACCUCCGCCAUGUCGGGAAGUCAGAGACCAAAACUGAUGAGCGAAAGGGCGCGCACCCGGGCUCCCUCUGGGACGCCGAAAAGGCGCUCGACGGAGCCUAAAGAGAACAUCGGCUUUGUAAACAGCGUCCUGAGGGGUGUCAGCCUUCAGCCAUCGGAGAGCGGGGGAUCCAGCUCUGAAUCGUCGUCUGAAGAGUCAGAAGGCGAUGACUCAGGUGGACUACCCAGCGAGUCAUCCAGCGAUUCAAGCUCAGAUACGGGGAGCUCACCCUCGAGCUCGAGUACCGAAUCAGACAGUUCUGAUGACUCUAGUAUGGCCGUGGAAUCUCGCGCUAGGAAGAGCAAGACAAAGAAGCGCAAGAGGAAGGCGAGCCCCGGACCAAAAGGCAAGAUGUUGGUGAAGCCCAACCCCCCGGCUAGAUACGAUGGGUCGGAGAACGCAGACCAGUACACCCAGUUCGUGGACGAGGCGAAUCGUUACUGCGAGCUGGGGAAUGUGCCGAAGGCUCACCACGUCCCAAUAAUAGGCUCGUUCUUAGACGGGGAUGCAAAGGAUUUCUAUAAUCGAAGAAUCCGGGGCCAGGAGCAUAAAUGGACAUUGAAAAAAAUGCUGCGGCGCCUUCUGAAGUACUGUUUCUCAUUGGAUUACAGACAAAAACAACGGAAGCGACUUACCCGUUGUCACCAGAACGGGAAGUCGGUGAAUAAACACGUGCUGGAACUGGAGAGCAUCAUGCUACAGAUCGGCCUGAAGAAGGACCACAAGCGUGUGGCCUUGCUGUGGAACAGCUUCGACGCCGAUAUCCAAGAGGAAUUAUUCCGGUUCGGCUUGGACCCGGAGAAGUCGAAGUGGGCCCGUGUCGUGAAGAAGGCAAUUAGAGCUGAGCGGUUUUUGAGCCUUGACAGAAGGCGUAAGAGCAAGAGCGUACCGAGCAACAACGCCGCUGGCUCUGGGCCAGGGCCAGCAAGCGGCGGACAAGACGUCAAGAAGAAGAAGUUUUUCCCUCGGAGACAACGGGGCGUUAUCAAGGCUUCUGCAGCCGCGGUAAUGCCACCCCGGGAGAAUGGUCCAAAACCAGUUUCUCGUCACUACCCUCCACCGGCCACUGCCCCGUCUCCGUCCCACACCUCGACUAGGAGCAGCGACAACACCGCGGACCGACCUUGGGAGCGACGGCUUUCACCUCAGAAGCGAGCCGAGCUUAUGACUCGUGGAGUAUGCCUCAACUGCGAAGAAGCUGGCCACAUGGCGAGGAGCUGCCCUAAGCUCACCACAAUGAAGUCCAAGGUCAAAGGCAAGCCCCCUGGCUUUGGAGCCCACGGUGUAAGCUUGCGCUUGGCUUCACUAGGCGAAACUACUGAAGUGUUUGAAACGCUGGACGUUGCUAGUGCUUUCCCAUUAGUUGUCCGUGACGCAGGCGAGAUACUGGAGCAGUUCUCGGAGUCCGAAUCGUCAAAAUCAGAGCCAAGCAAUUGGGAAGAUAUCAGUUGCGCCGACAUCGACGAGCUGGAAUACUUGGCACGAGGAAUGGAUAGGCCAACGUGCUCGGAAAUGGAGAUGUUAGCAGAAGGGAUGGAGGCGCUGUCACUGGGGCCGGAGGAACAUCGAGCUCGACCAGCGCUGGGCCUCAUGGACCAGACCAUCGAAUCCAUGUCGGUGGGGACGGAGUCGCCGGGAGCAGGAACAGGCACAGGAGACCUGGUAGCGCGCUUUGCCUGUCUGGUGCUACAGCGGUGCGCUCCCUUUCCAGGCGACGAUGGGUCUGAACCAACUGAGGACUGUUUCCUGGUCUACCGGGUGCACAACGCGGACUACUACUGCAUACUGGAUUGCGGCACCCCGCUGAACAUCCUGGAGGGUGACGAGAUCGUGCACGCCGAUUGUUUGGAGGACCCGGAGUUCCAGCUGGGUUGGCAUUGGGCUCAGAAGUGUUAUCUGGCCCAGGGCAUCCACCCAGAUGCCCCGGGGCUGGUACUUCCGGAGCGUUACUUUCGUACGUUGGGGAACUCAACUCUCGCCAUGACCCUCAUCCUAUUACAGCAGUACGAGAUGGAGUCGUUUAGGGGGAACCCCAAUGACGGUGACGUCCCGCUGUGGGAGGGGCAGGAGAUAUCUGCUGGAUCCUUGUUGUUUCGUCGAGCUAGUAGUAGCGCUGGAUUAUGCAUCCAGAAAUCACUCCUUAGAAGUGAAAAUUUUGACUUACGCCAGUGGUACGAAAUACACCUGAGUCCUACAUCUAUAACUAGGAAUGACAGCGGCACUUUGGAUGACGAUCCUCCACAGCUGGAGCAGUCCAGCGACUCUGAGGAAGAGGAGGGGGAAAGCGAAGACGAGUCAGUGGAGGCUUCAUGGCGAACGUGGGUAGAGGCAACUCACGAGGCGGGACUUCUGCCCGAGUUGUCGCUGAAGUCCCAAGGGGUGCCAGAAGGGCCCGGAACCAGUGCACCUGAGGCACAAUCACAAUCAGUGCGUUCGCGACAAGGCCAAGGCUCACCCGUCCGACGGCCAAGAGACCAUUGCAGCCGAAAACUUGGUGAUCUCAUGGCGGAGGGAGCCCAAAGCCUGCUAGAGUUUGGUCAGCCCUAUCCUGGAGACACUCUGCUCGAUAAGGACGCACCGGGCUGGAUUGACCAGCGCUUCUCACUACAGUCGUCCUGGGGUGGGAGCGGAUACCUAAUAAGGGACCAGGCCAAUGGCUUGUGGACGUAUCUGCCGCAGCACUUGCUCGAGAGUCGAGAUUUUGAGCUGGCGGCUUGGUACGCUGACAGGGUUGUGGAACGGCUGGACAUCCCGAUUGAGCGGGCCAGCUUAGCCCACCAGAUAGCCGUUGACGACCUCCUGGGCAUUCAGCUUGGGUUCUACCUGGAAGAUAUGGUUAAGGGAGACCCUGUGAAUUGUGGAAGUUACACAAACAUUGAGCCUCGAUUCGCGACAGAGAACCCGGGAAAAAGCGACGUGCCAUGCGAGUACGUGUUCGAGGAAGAACAGGAGGAAGGACGGUUGGCCCGAAUUAGCGUGCCGCGAGAGCAGCUCUUGAACGCGGACCUGGACCUGAUCAACCUACGAGUGGUGGGGAUCGCACGUGCGACCAAGUGA